UGCCACUCAACUGUCGCUUGUGUUGUUUAGUGCGAACAGCAAUUUUUCAAAAAAAAUAACCCACCCACAUUUUGUGUGCAGCUCGUUUCACGCUCAGUGUCUGAGGCGCGAUUAUGUUAAUUUCUGACUGAUGUGCGGCAAAUUUUAUAAAGUUACGUAGUGUGAAAGGUUAUUUUUGGUUGUGGAAUUUAGCCUUGGGGGAAGGGAACCUGCUAUUUCCUAGUGUGAAAGUUGCCAAUCGUAAGUUAUUUAUGACGUAAGGCUGGCAUUAUUGUUGCGCUUCGAAUUGUUAAGCGCACGUCACUGGCCUCGGAACCCAUGGAGGAUAGCACCUGCAGUUAAGCGUUUGUGUAAAAUGUAUCAAGCGACGCUGUCAGUGUCGAAUGAUAAGAUGAUCGAAGGGAAUAAUUAAUUGGAAAGGAAGUGUUCGUGGCGUACAGAUUUCUAUUGAUAAAGCUGAUAUGGCGGUACGUAGAGAUGGGUGCGUGAUCGUUGCUGGGACAUGCAAGAGGGCAGCACGAUGGUGACCCCAGGUUACGAGCAAACAGAAGCUGGAGGUGGAGUAGCGAUGACCACAGGAUCAAAUGACCAGGGCACAGGUUUCAGUCAGCCUGACCAGGCACAGUUUGAAGCUGACAAACGAUCUGUGUACAAACAUCCACUAUUCCCAUUGCUGGCACUCCUGUUUGAAAGAUGUGAGCAGGCAACUCAGUCCGCUGAGUGUCCAAAUUCUGAGAGCUUUAAUAUGGAUAUCCAGGCCUUUGUGCAGCAUCAAGAACGGGACAGGAAACCAUUCCUUAUGAAUGACCCGGAAGUCGAUGGAUUGAUGAUAAAAGCAAUUCAGGUUUUGCGGAUCCACUUGCUAGAACUGGAGAAAGUGCAGGAGUUAUGCAAGGAUUUCUGCAAUCGAUACAUCACCUGCCUCAAGGGCAAGAUGCAAAGUGAGAACCUGCUUCGUUCUGACUACGCAAGUUACGAAAACAACAACAACAAUAAUAACAACAACAGCAGCAGCAAUAGCCAUUCAAGCAACAGCAACAGCCCGGCUGGGAACACCAACUAUGCCACUUCGCCUCACACUCUGCAGGUGGUGUCCUCUGCAGGCGGUGUUCCACCUUCACACCACCAGGGAGGGGGAGGGGGAGGAGCUGUGCUAAUGUCAACACAGCCGCAGUCUGUGCCCCCUUCCAGCAGCCAGAUUGCAUACCAGAUGGUGCAGACUGCUCAGGGGCUGGUGGCAGCACCUGUCCAUCUCCCUGCACAGGCACCCUCUCCAGGUAUCGUGCACGGGAGUACGCCCCUCUCUCAGAUUGGAGCCAACCCUUGUCCUCCGCCCAGCGACUCAAGCCUCUUACACAGUCAGCUGUCACCAGCCCCCACAACCCCUGGGUCAGUGGAUGAUGAUGAUGAUUUCCUCAGUAACAAAAAGAAACAGAAGCGUGGUGUUCUGCCCAAACAUGCCACCAGUGUCAUGCGGUCCUGGCUCUUCCAGCACCUAGUGCAUCCAUACCCCACAGAAGACGAGAAGCGCCAUAUUGCUGCGCAAACAAACUUGACAUUGCUGCAGGUGAACAACUGGUUCAUCAAUGCCCGGCGGCGAAUUCUACAACCAAUGUUGGAUGCCUCAAACCCAGCAGCAACUGAUCAGCCCAGUUCAGGCAAUAAUCUGCAUAGCAAGAGCUCAAGUAGUAAGAAGGCAAAGCACUCUGGCAAUGGUAACAGCAAGCAGGCAGCACAGCGAUUUUGGCCAGAAAACAUAGCAUCUCUGCAGCCACAGCUGAAUCUGUCAGCUGAGUCAAAUGGGGCAACUCACACUGACUCGUCGCUCAUCAGCUCAACAGUACUGUCCAGCGAGGAAAGUGAAGGCAGCAGUCAGGAUGAGGAUGAGGAAGAAGAAUUUGAGGAAGAGGGGGAGGAGCAGUCACAGGUCAAGUUAGAGGGGGAUGCCAGCUCAGACUCGGAACAGCCGCAAUGACAUAGCGCAGACUGAACACUGUACUCUGUGUGGACUCAUGAUGCAAACAAAGUGGCAGUGCUCAGUGAGAUAAAUGCCAAAUGCGGCGUAAUAAUGCCGUAGUCACUGUAUACGUAACACGUGCCAGCCUCAGGUUAGAGGAUUGGCACGAAGCUACCUAGUUCCUCUCAGUUCUAAUAAUACUAUGUAUACGUCACAUUGAGAGAUGUAGCGGACUUUAUAAAGUAUUUCGUAUUUUAAUUAUAUCAAUAAAUAUAUAUGUAUAUAAUUAUAUUUGGUCCCCUCAGCAAUGCUCAUUUCUAAAACUGACAAGAAAAAUCCGUCUAAUUUUUGUUGUUUUUGGCAUUGUUGUUGUUACUGUGUGUGUUAAUAAUGCAUUGCAAAAGACUUGACCCGCCCAUUUUGCUCAUGAUAAGUAUUACAUAGAAUGUAGCAUUUCUUUAAACUUGACAAGAAGUAAUAACAUGCUAGUCUUGAAGAAAAGUUGCUUUUACAGAAUACUCAUUGCUUUCAUAUAUAAGGCCAGGAGCCUCGGUAGUUUACCUCAUCUAUGAUAUUUAGAAUAUUAUGAUUAAUUUUAGCAUCAGACUUUAUUUGGUAAUGAAUACUUAUGAUAUUGGUAUAUCCACUACUUUUGAAUGAUUUACUCCUGAGAAGUAUAUCAACUCCCUCCAUUUGUUUAUAAAAUAAACAAUAUUGCAUGUGUAAAAGCAUGGAAUGGACAAUAUGGUACUCUUAGUUAAAUGACAAGAAAAAUAUGCCUCAUGUAAUUAGCUUUAAAUUCUUGUAUGCUAGAUUGUUCUGUUUUUCCAUGUUUCCAUUACAAAGACGAGUACGUGUGUGCCAUAUAAUUGUCUAUUUCACGUGUGCAAUUUUUCCUCUAUAUUGGAUGUGUGUACAGAUAAUUGUAGUGAUAACUCUUGCUCAUAAUCAGGACAUAAGAUGUGAACUGUUUUGCCAGUUCCAUGUUCAAAUUAUGGAAUGUGUGCUGAAGUCGGUCUGCGUGAACUCCGUUGCACAGUGUGGGAACACUACCCAGACAGUUGUCUUUUUCAGAAACUUUUCAGAUAAAUUGAAUUGAUGAAUUUAUUUGGUUGAAUUCUUUAUCGCACAUUAUUUGUGCUGUAGCGUGUAUAUAUUCAGAUGUGGAAACAGUCUCCAUGUGGUGGAGUUUGAUAAUCUUUACUAGAAUGAACUUCAUAAAUUUUAAUAAUAAAGGUGUAAUGAAAUUACUUCUUUGACACUAUUGUAUUUAAUUAGGUCAAAAGCGUUUUGAAAUUAAUUCAGUUGGACUGAUAGUUCAUCUGUUCAAAUACACAUAAUCCAAUUUCCUGUUAACAGUCUGUCAGUUGUUUGAAGACAGUAGCCAUCAUAUUUCCUGUCGGCUGUUUGAACUAUUCCGCCUUCCUGUUUACAGCCAGCUCUGAUCUGUGCAGCCCUCUUUACACUGUGCUUGUGAUUUGCAUACAGAUGUCUGGAUUACGUUGCACUAAUGCCUUUAAAAUUCAGUUGGGUGGCUUGAACGAGAUUGUGUUCACAGUAAUUCUGUGGGUUUGUUCAUGCACAUUUCUACUGCAUUAACAAACUCACACAGAAGCAGUGGUGCUCUCCAAGUAUACGUAUAAUUGUUGAUAGAAUCACGCCAUUAUUUUGCAUUUUACAACACAAAUGUUGUACAUUUAUGCUGUAGUAUUUUAAGUAUAGAUGUGUGUUUUUUAACAUCGUGUGAGAUGUUCAUAAGUGAGGCCAUGAUGUGCUUGCAACAUGAAAUGGUUGAUUUGCUGGUACACAAGAGAUGACAUCAGUUGUGAACAUUCACACGUCACAUAAAUUAAUACGUCUGUGAUAAGUGCGUGGGAAUUUUUAUGUGUGACAAAUACGUUCUCUCCAGCAUAAAUAUUGAUGAAGUGGAAGUUUGAGCAUGGUUUUUGAAUACGUACGCUAGUUCAUUUCUUGCAAUAAAUAGUAUACUAUAUGUAUUCUGUACAUGCUUAAUAGUGUACAUAGGUACUGGUGUAGAUGAAAUAAUGUAUGAUGAUUCUUUGUAGUGUAUUUUCUAUGCAACUUGGUUUCGUAAGCUAGAUUGGUUAAUUCUGUUAAGAGAGAUGUUUUGUUUCAUACACAAACACUGAACAGUAUUGAAUAUGUACAGUUUUUGAAUAGAUAAUGGUUUUAUAUAUUAUAUGUAUAUUGUAUACCAGUCCUUCUAUUGUCAUAUAUACAUUUCAGUAGGUAUAGUGAAUUUCUGAAUGCAUAUAAAAUACUUUCUGAAGUUGCAAAUGCCAAGAGAUUGUUCAAAUAUAAAUAAAUGACUUUGAAUUGCAGCAUU